AUGGAGUUUAGUUCUGAUGAGAGCGCGUAUAAAGCUUAUGCUAAAUAUGGAGGAAAAUCUGGUUUCAAUGUGAGAAAACAACGAAAGAAGAGAAACAACAAGGGUUUGGUUGUAAGGUUGCUUUAUUGUUGCUCAAAAGAAGGUUACCGAAAGGCCAGAACAAAGAGGGAAACAUCUUAUUCAUUACCAGUUACAAGGGUCGGUUGUAAAGCCCAUAUGAGUUGCUAUCGUCAAAGCAACGGAAAAUUCCAGACUGUGUCGUUUGAGAAAAAUCACAAUCAUGAGUUGAUUAAAACACCUAUGAAGCAUAUGUUAAAGAUUAAUCGAAGUUUCUCUAAAGCUCAAAAAGAACAUGCUGAUGAUGCUGAGAUGUCAGGAAUUUCAGCAAAAGCAAUAGUUGAAUUGAUGAGUAGAGAAGUUGGGGGACGAGAGAAUCUUGGUUUUAUGGAAAAGGACUAUUGGAAUUACAUACAUCGAAAGCGAAGGGUGAAGAUGGAAAAAGAAGAUGCUGGAGCUAUAUUGCAAUACUUCCAAAAAAUGAAAGAGGAUAAUUCAUCUUCUUUUUAUUCAAAGCAACUUGAUGAGGAUGAUAUGAUCACGAAUAUUUUUUGGGCAGAUGAGCGUUCAGUAAGUGAUUAUGGUCUUUUUGGGGACGUCGUUUGUUUUGACACAACUUAUCAGACUAAUGAAUAUGGUAGACCAUUUGCUCCAUUUGUUGGGGUCAAUCAUCAUAAGCAAACAGUGGUAUUUGGUGCAGCUUUAUUAUAUGAUGAAACCAUUGAGUCCUUUAAGUGGCUUUUUGAGACUUUUCUUGGAGCGAUGUCUGGAAAGCAACCAAAAACCAUACUUACAGACCAAUCUGCAGCAAUGGCUAGUGCAAUAGCAGAAGUAUUUCCUGUAACUUAUCAUAGACUAUGUGUUUGGCAUAUUUACCAAAAUGCAGCAAAGAGGUUAAGUCGUGUGUUUCACGGAUCAGAACAGGUUGCUCAUGAUUUUGGAAAGUGUGUAUAUGACUAUGAGGAUGAAGAUGAUUGGUUAUUGGCAUGGAGUAAUAUGCUCGAGAAACACAAUUUGAAGGAGGAUAAAUGGUUAAAGAAUUUCAAUGAAUCAUGCUAA